CAAAAUUUCAAAAAGCCCGCAUCUCAAUUUGGGCCCUCCAUGCGGCGGGGAAAAAGCCCAAGGAUCGAACGGCUGAGAAUCGUUCAUCGUGAUCGUCACCACGCGAUAAAAACUGGAAACCCAAACCCUAGCGCCGUCCAGAGUCUCUUAUUCAUUUUUAUCCCGUCUCUAUCCGCCGAUCUCUGCACACACUCUCGCGCCCCAGGAAAGAUGCCUUUCAAGAGGUACAUCGAGAUCGGGAGGGUUGCUCUGAUCAACUACGGCAAGGAUUACGGGAGGCUCGUCGUCAUCGUCGAUGUGGUCGACCAGAACCGAGCUCUUGUCGAUGCACCUGAUAUGGUUAGGUCACAGAUGAAUUUUAAGAGGCUCUCGCUUACUGAUAUUAAGAUUGAUAUCAAGAGGGUCCCCAGGAAGAGCGCUCUCAUUAAGGCUAUGCAGGAAGCUGAUGUCCAGGGUAAGUGGGACAAGAGUUCUUGGGGGCGGAAACUUAUUGUUCAGAAGAAAAGGGCAUCCCUUAAUGAUUUUGACAGAUUUAAGCUCAUGUUGGCCAAAAUUAAGAGGGGUUCAUUGAUCAGGCAAGAACUGGCAAAGCUCAAGAAGGAGAGUGCAUCCUAAGCAUGAGUUUCUUGCAUCUUGCAGGCCGAGAGUUUUUUGGGAACGUGUAGCAUUUUGCUUUAAACGGAUUGUUUCUUGUUGCUUUUACUAGAGUUCAGAAUCAUCUGAUGGUCCUGACGGUCUCUUGUAUUGACUUUAAUGAGCGAACUUAAAAUGGAGCUAAUGUGUUUUUUAGACAUGUUUAUUCUAUAUUAGCAUUCUAUGAAAUGACGCAGGUCUAAUGUUUUCUUGUUUUC